CUCCUUAGUGGGCGAGACGGCGGUCCCUGGAAACAGUUCCGGGAAACCCCGCGUGCUGCCGGGGUCGCGCCGCCGUCCAUGAGGAGAAGGAGGAGCGCGCGCCAUUUGCCGUCGCUGCUUGGGCCCGAGCUGCGCCGCGCCGGCCCCGCUCCGCAUAAUAAAAUGGCUAAUCAGGUGAAUGGUAAUGCGGUACAGUUAAAAGAAGAGGAAGAACCAAUGGAUACUUCCAGUGUAACUCACACAGAACACUACAAGACACUGAUAGAGGCAGGCCUCCCACAGAAGGUGGCAGAGAGACUUGAUGAAAUAUUUCAGACAGGGUUGGUAGCUUAUGUCGAUCUUGAUGAAAGAGCAAUUGAUGCUCUUAGGGAAUUUAAUGAAGAAGGAGCCCUCUCUGUAUUACAGCAGUUUAAAGAAAGUGACCUGUCGCAUGUACAGAACAAAAGUGCAUUUUUAUGUGGAGUUAUGAAGACCUACAGGCAAAGAGAGAAACAAGGCAGCAAAGUACAGGAAUCAACGAAGGGACCAGAUGAAGCAAAGAUUAAGGCUUUGCUAGAGAGGACUGGUUACACUUUGGAUGUAACUACAGGACAGAGGAAAUAUGGAGGCCCUCCUCCAGAUACUGUAUAUUCUGGUGUUCAGCCUGGCAUUGGAACAGAGGUUUUUGUUGGUAAGAUUCCCCGAGACCUUUAUGAAGAUGAAUUGGUACCACUCUUUGAGAAAGCUGGUCCAAUUUGGGAUCUGCGCCUCAUGAUGGAUCCUCUUUCUGGUCAAAACAGAGGUUAUGCUUUCAUUACUUUUUGUAGUAAAGAUGCAGCACAGGAAGCAGUCAAACUGUGUGACAACUAUGAAAUCCGUCCUGGAAAGCACCUUGGGGUAUGCAUCUCUGUGGCAAACAACAGGUUAUUUGUUGGGUCAAUUCCAAAGAACAAGACUAAGGAAAACAUAUUGGAAGAGUUUGGUAAAGUCACAGAGGGUUUGGUGGAUGUAAUCUUGUAUCAUCAACCUGAUGAUAAAAAGAAGAAUCGAGGAUUCUGCUUCUUGGAAUAUGAGGAUCACAAGUCAGCAGCACAAGCUCGCCGACGCCUGAUGAGUGGGAAAGUAAAAGUCUGGGGAAAUGUUGUGACAGUGGAAUGGGCUGAUCCAGUAGAGGAACCUGAUCCAGAAGUCAUGGCAAAGGUAAAAGUUUUAUUCGUAAGAAACUUGGCCACUACUGUGACAGAAGAAAUUCUUGAGAAAUCUUUUUCUGAAUUUGGAAAGCUGGAAAGAGUAAAGAAGUUGAAGGAUUAUGCUUUUGUUCAUUUUGAGGACAGAGGUGCAGCAGUGAAGGCUAUGAAUGAAAUGAAUGGGAAAGAAAUAGAAGGGGAAGAAAUUGAAAUAGUGUUAGCAAAGCCACCGGAUAAGAAAAGGAAAGAACGUCAGGCUGCCAGACAGGCCUCCCGGAGCACUGCGUACGAAGACUAUUAUUACUACCCUCCGCCUCGCAUGCCACCUCCUAUUAGAGGCAGAGGCCGUGGAGGGAGAGGUGGAUAUGGCUAUCCCCCAGAUUACUAUGGCUAUGAAGAUUAUUACGAUGAUUACUAUGGUUAUGACUAUCAUGACUACCGUGGUGGCUAUGAAGAUCCCUAUUACGGCUAUGAUGAUGGCUAUGCUAUAAGAGGAAGAGGAGGAGGAGGAAGGGGUGGGAGAGGUGCCCCUCCACCACCUAGGGGGCGGGGAGCACCACCACCAAGAGGUAGAGCUGGCUACUCACAGAGGGGGGCACCCAUGGGACCGCCGAGAGGAGCCAGGGGGGGGAGAGGGGGUCCCGCACAGCAGCAGAGAGGACGCGGUGCUCGUGGAGCCAGGGGCAACCGUGGGGGCAACGUAGGAGGCAAGAGAAAGGCAGACGGGUACAACCAGCCCGAUUCCAAGCGCCGUCAGACCAACAACCAGCAGAACUGGGGCUCCCAACCCAUCGCUCAGCAGCCGCUCCAGCAAGGUGGUGACUAUGCCGGUAACUAUGGUUACAAUAAUGACAACCAGGAAUUUUAUCAGGAUACUUAUGGGCAACAGUGGAAGUAGACAAGUGAGGAGGGAUUGAGAAUAUUGGAAACAUAGAAUUGGCUAUAGCUCUACAUCCUUCAAAACAAAAUUGGCUAAAUGUUUCAUCCUUAAGUAGCGAUUGGCUGCCAUUUGUAUUGGGCUGAAGAAUCACUCUAUUGUGUAUAUACUCGAGUCUCUUAGUUUUCUUUUUUCAUAAACGCACUUGGACAUUACUGGGCUUGCAGAAUUCCUGAACUCCAUAUGGGAUUUCAGUGCUUUUAUCAUUUUAGGCUUCAUUUUAGCAGUUUAAAAGCAGGAAUGGCACACUGUUCAAUCAUGAUUUUGCAGAACCUCUGGUUUUGGACAGUUUCUUUUUUUUUUUUUUUUUUUUUGGAUUUGGGAUAGACUACAUAGGAGUAUGCUGUACAUAAAAGUAAAAGCUAGUGCUUUGUCUUAGUAGUUUUAAGAAAUUACAACAAAUUAAGUUUUCUUGUAUUGAAAAUAACAUGAUUGUAUGUUUUGCAUUCCUAGAAGUAGGUUAACUGUGUUUUUAAAUUGUUAUAACUUCACACCUUUUUGAAAAUCUGCCCUACAAAAUUUGUUUGGCUUAAAACGUCAAAGCCGUGGCAAUUUGUUCCUUGAUGUGAUUGUAUUUCCAAUUUCUUGUUCAUGUAAGAUUUCAAUAAAACUCAAAAAUCUAUUCAAAACAUUA